GCGUGACCUUGACCCGCUCCGCCAAGCGCGGCUUCUGUCUGUCUCUGUGUGGUGACGUCAACAAUGUCACGUGUCCGGACGGCUACCAGUGUCGCUCCAACGGAUGUGGUCAUCAGUGUUAUAGGACUGACCAGUUCAUACUGGCGCCUGGUUGCAGCAUCCCACAGUGUGAGUAUGACUGCCCCUUAGGCUACGUGCUGGACACUAAGGGCUGUGAGACGUGUACCUGUGACUACAGCAAGCUGCAGAUUG